GCCACACACACAGGGCACUGGCACUCUACCUUACUUGCCAACCAAACAACAAACACGCCCAUCAAUCCAUCUCACUCGCUCGCACUUGGGCACCCACGAAACUCAUUCUAUCAGGCCGACUCAGACGACCAUUCUCUACUUCUUCCAACUCGCAACUCGGCCAUCUCGCCUACAUUUGACGUGACACAAUCAGCGUGGGGGCGUUGAACGUGUUGCACUCUUGUCACUCUUCCUGGGCUUGCCCAUUCUCAUCAUGAGCGACACGGGGGCUCAUUCUCAAGACGGCGGCAACGGCCUCAACCAAACAGUCAAGACUCCGGAGCCUAAUCCAGAUCAGCAACUGGCAACUGAACAGCUUCAGGCCAACGGGCCUGGCACGCCGGGUCAUUUUGCAUCUUUCGACUGGGAAGAGUUCGAGGCACGGUACACCAAGGCUCUGGUCGAUGCCGACGGUCACGAACAAGAGCUCAUGAAGCAGUUUGACGAGCUCGUCAAGUAUUUCAAUGUUUGGUCGUCGGCAUCCAGCGCCCAUGAUAGCGAACGAGCCGUCAAGCGCCUACAAACUCGGCAACGAUUUGUCAAUCUUUCCGAACAGACCAUGGCCCAACGCGAACAGCAUAUGACCGAGGUUCUUCGAGCUUUCCAAAGUGCACUUGCGCUUCUAAGCCAAUCCUAGGACCCGAUAUUUGCUCUGCGCUGAACAAACAGCCUUAAUCCAUUCGGAUUCCAUAACCACGUUAUCACCCUCACCCACUCUCUCAAACCGAUGGUCGCGAGUUGUUUUCGUUUGGUAUGGGCGCGGUGCACGUGACCGUGACCCAAGCCUAUGUAAUUACCGUGCACU